AUGGCUCUAGAAAAAGCUACAUUUGCUGCUGGUUGUUUCUGGGGAGUAGAACAUGUAUUUUCCAAAAAUUUUAAAAACCUUGAUAUUAAAACUAAAGUAGGAUAUAUUGGUGGAAAUGUUAAAAAUCCCAAAUAUAAAGAGGUUUGUUCAGGUACAACCGAUCAUGCUGAAGCCUGUCAAAUUCUUUUUGACCCUUCUAAAGUAUCAUACGCUACCCUUGUAGAAUUUUUCUACAAAAUUCAUGAUGCUACCACAUUAAAUCAACAAGGACCUGAUAAAGGUUCACAAUAUCGUUCAGCUAUAUUUUAUCAUUCAGAAGAACAACGAAAAAUUGCAGAAGAGGUGACACAAAAAGUUCAAGAGAAAGUAAAAAAUUACGAAAAGAAAAUUUAUGUGAAUGAUAAAAUUGUUACAGCAAUAUUGGAAGCAGGAGAAUUUUAUGAUGCUGAAGAAUAUCAUCAAAACUAUUUGGAUAUUAAUCCAAAUGGAUAUGAGAUGGCUAUACAAUUUGAUACUUAUAGUUAA